AUGCCAGAAGUUAAUAAUGUUGAUAAUAUUUUUGGUCCCAAUAAUGGGAAAGUUCCUCCAUUAAGACGUCAAUAUCAUAAAAUUACUCCUGAACAAGCUGCAAAAAUGGAAAGUAGAGCAAAUGUUAGAAAUCACAAAACUUUACAAAAUGAUAAUUUAAUUGAUUUACAACUGCAACCACCACAACCAAUUCAAUCUCAUGAUAUUUCAACCUCAACUGUUGAACCAGGAAAUGGAAGUUAUUAUGGGGAAAAUACUUUAUUACUUCAUGAAGUUUGUGAUAUUUUACAUGUUGAAGAUCCAAAUGAAAUAAUUAGUAAAUUUCAAGAAUUAUAUGUUAAUCAAGAUGAAGUGAAAUUUUUAAAGCAAGAAACUUUUAGUUUAAAAACAACUUUACAAAAUUUAGAAGACCAAAUGAGAAUCAGAAAUCAAACUAUUGCUUCAUUGAAUUCAGAUAUUAAUGAUUUGAAACAAAUCAGAAAUGAAUUACAACAAAAAAAUCAAAAAUUGGAAGAGGAAAUUAAAUCUAGCUCUAAAGAAGCAAAACAAGUCACUAUAGAUUUAUUAAGUAGUAAAAAAGAAUUAGAAAAUUAUGAAAAAGAAUCAAAUGCAAAAGUUUUAUUAAAAGAUCAACAAAUUGCAAGCUUGGAAAAGGAUGUAUUUGCUUUAAAAGAAAAAGAAAUUGCCUUAUUGAAAGAUAAUGAAUCAAUAAAAGCAUCCAAAAUUUCAAUUGAAAAAGAAAAUAAAACUUUUAACAUGAAACUUGAAAAUUUGAAAAUUGCCCAUCAAGAUGAAAAACUUUCAAUGGAAAGAAAAAUCAAAUCCAUGAAAAAAACAAUUGCAGAAAAAGAAAGUAAAUGUGAAUCACUUUCUGAUCAAGUUUCAACUUCCAAAUCUCAUUGUAAUAAAAAAAUUGCAGGUAUUGAAAAACAACAUUCAAAAAUCUUACAUCAAUUAAUGGCUGAAAUUAAAAUCUUGAGAGAUAUAAUUGAUAAACAUUUUGGUGGUAGUAAUGAUGAAAUUGCAAAUUUUGCUCCAUCUUCAUCACCAGUUGAAAAUAUUAAAAAUCAAUUAAGUUCUGAAUUAUUUCAAUCAAAUUCAGAUUCAAAUUUAUUAUAUAUUCGUCAAUUAUAUGAAGAUAGAUAUCUUAAUUCAUUAAAAGAAAAUAAAGAUUUAAUUAAUUCGAAUUCAAUUUUAUUAACUGCUUUUAAAAAUUUAAUUGAUGAUAAUGUUCAUUUUUUUAAGAAAUUAAUUCCUCAACAUGAAAGAUUUGCUUUCUUUGUUUUGGUAUGUAAAGAAAUUAAAAAUAGAAAAAUUUUCAGAUCAACUGAUAUUAAUAUCUUGAAAAAAUUUGCUGAUAAUAAUGAUUUUUUAUUCAAAGAAAUUAUUAACAAAAUCAAAGAUGAUGAAGAAUCUAAAUAA